CACGGGAGACGCCAAAGUCCGCAUGCGCGAAGCCUCCAUCUGUCUCCUCAGUGUCCAGGAGGUUGGAGGAAGAUGAUGCGGCUGAGCGGACCUCGUGCGUAUCGCGCCACUCUUUAGACGUAGAUAUAUAUAUUUUUUCACUUGCCUUGUCUAGUUUCUUGCCAAAAUAUAUUUGCUGCUCAAUGUGGAGGUGCGAGCGUAGCGACGCAGAAACUGAUUAGGUAUUGGUCAGAGAAGAAGAAGAAGAAGAAGAGGAAAACAGAGAAGAAGAGGGGCGAAGUGAACGGGGUUGGGCAUCAAAUUGCACCGGAUGUCAUUAUACACUGUUAGUUAUCAAAGACUUUAAUCACAAGCAACGGUAGAGCCAUGGAGGUUGUAACACAUCUUGUGAAUGACACAGUAGAGUUUUAUAAAUGGAGCCUUACUAUAGCAGACAAGAGGGUGGAGAACUGGCCGAUGAUGUCUUCUUCCUCUCCCACCCUGGCCAUCAGCUGCCUGUACUUGAUCUUCCUGUGGGCGGGGCCUAGGUACAUGCAGGACCGCCAACCCUUUACACUCAGGAAGACCCUCAUAGUGUACAACUUCAGCAUGGUGGUCCUCAACUUCUACAUCGCCAAAGAGCUCCUACUAGCAUCAAGAGCUGCUGGAUACAGCUACCUGUGUCAGCCUGUCAACUACUCAAAUGAUGUGAAUGAAGUCAGGAUAGCAUCUGCUCUUUGGUGGUAUUACAUCUCCAAAGGGGUGGAGUUCCUGGACACGGUGUUUUUUAUACUGAGGAAGAAGUUCAACCAAGUCAGCUUCCUCCACGUCUACCAUCACUGUACCAUGUUCAUCCUCUGGUGGAUUGGUAUCAAGUGGGUCCCUGGUGGACAGUCAUUUUUCGGUGCAACCAUCAACUCUUCCAUCCACGUCCUCAUGUACGGUUACUAUGGCCUGGCUGCCUUGGGACCUCAUAUGCAGAAGUAUCUCUGGUGGAAGAAAUACCUCACCAUAAUUCAGAUGAUCCAGUUUCACGUAACCAUCGGCCACGCCGGUUAUUCGCUCUACACUGGCUGCCCAUUUCCCUGCUGGAUGCAGUGGGCUCUGAUCGGCUAUGCUGUCACCUUCAUCAUCCUCUUCGCCAACUUCUACUACCACGCCUACAGACGCAAACCUUCAUCGCACAAAGGCGGCAAGCCAGUGGCCAACGGCACAUCCGCUGUGACUAACGGCCACUGCAACAUGGAAGAAGUGGAGGAAAAUGGGAAGAGGCAAAAGAAGGGAAGAGCGAAAAGGGAGUGACGAAGAAAGAGGCGCGUGCCUGGCAACAAUCUAAAAGUGGACGGAAAAGGAGGGAAGGGAGGGGAGAAAUCAACCAGACAAUCAUUUCUUCAGAUAAUGUAGAUUGACAUGAUUCGGGACCAACUUGAGAAGAACAGCAGGUGUCGGGUGUGUAUUUAUGGGCAAGUCUGUAAAAGCUUCUGGUUUUAGAUGGAAGGCAGUUGUGUUGGUUGUCUGCAAAACAGUUUGUUAAUGAAGAAAAACAAAAUGCUGAUCACAUAGGCUCCAUGCUCUUCUGUCCAACUAUGUUUUGGACCCUGUUAGGACCAAAAUGUCACAGAAAAUGCACACCUGCUCAGCAUUUACAACCAAAGUUCACCUCCAAUUUUUGUACUCUGGAUUCUAAUACUGCUUUAUCUAAGAGCUUAAAUAGUUAAUGUGCUAAUUUAUUUGCUAGUGCUCUAAAAAAAUUUUGAUUAAUUUUAAGUGUUACCAAAAUAUUUUUUUUUUUGUUAUUUAAAUCUUUUGGGGGGGGGAGCAGAGGGCGUGUGUGGGAAAUUAUGUUUACAGAUGCAGUUGAUUUAGAUAUGGUUAUCAAAGAAAUUUACAAAAUACUUAUGUUUGCCAUCUGCUUUAUUUACAUUGCCUUGCAAAAGUAUUACUACCCCUUGAUUAUUUUGUUUAGCCACAAAUUCCACUAAUCUUUACUGGGAUUUUAUGUGGUAGAUAAAUACCAAGUAGCAUUUUUUUCAGGCUACAAAAGGAAAAGAAUAUACACUGUAAAUAAUCUUUCGCACCGCUUUGGUGUGUUUCUGUGAAACUAGCAAAAAAAAUUGUACAGUCUCAAGUCUUUUGCAGUCUUUAGCAGGAUUUAUUUCAGAGACAGCUGAGACUGUCUCUGUCUCAGCAGAGACAGUUUUCCUGUCUCUGCGGAAGAGAAGCACACACACCAUGUUUCACCACAGGGAUGAUGUGUUUUCUUUCCCUCAUACGUUGUUUUUUGCAUUGAGGUCAAAAAGCUUAAAGCUCCUUUUUUUCAUGUCCGCUAUGUACCUUACAUGACUUGUGCAAAACUGCAGAUUAUGACUUUAGUGUUUGUCUUUAAAAAGUGUCUCUUAUUUACACUUCUCCAUGCAGACAAUAAUUUACGAGUGCAAAGCUAAUAGUUGUCUGUCAACAGAUUAUCCCACUGAGCUGUGGAUCUUUGUUGCUCCCUCUGAGUUACUUUGAGGCCUCUUGGCUGUUUUUUUUUUUAUUUAUGCUCCUCUUAAAAAAUGUAAAAACAUGUAUCUUUUUCCUUCUACUUUUAAAUUUUGCUCCGCUUUAUGUUGGUGUCUCACGUACAGUCCAUAUAAAGUAUAUUGGAAUUUGUAACUUGAUACUGUAAAAAAAAAAAAAAAGUUCAAAGUGUACAAAUACUUUUGCAAGGCAUUGUUACUUCUUUGCAGUCAUCUACAGUUCUUUGCAAAGACUACAACUGUGCUGCAUUUACAAAAUUAUAUGCUACUACCUUUUUGUUCAUCUGGAGAUAAAACAAAAAGCUGAUUUGAAAGACUUGGGAUAAAACCUUAGAGUUGUUUUGAUUUUUAGAUAAACGUUGAUGAUCCUGUAAAAAAAAUAUCUUUUUUAUGGGUCUUCACACAUUAUUUCUUUUUACUGUGCGUCAUAGAUGAGUUUCAAGGAUAUUGUCUGACUGCCAAUUAGGACCGCAGGGAAAUUCAUCCGAAAGGAAAAGCUUUUUUUUUUUUUCAAGAAAUCAGCAGGUCAUUUUAUUGUCUUGUCUAAAGAAAGGUGACUGCUUCCUGGCUGCACAAUUAAAUGAAAUAAAGAGACUGUCAGCACUGCA